AAGAAGAAAAAAUACAAAGUAAUAACGCAUUGAAUAAACGGGGAGAAGGGAAGGAAAAUCAGUGCAAGGUACUGCAAAAUCAGUGGGACUCUGGGAGUAAUAUUUAUAGAGUAUUCUCGGUUGAGAGGAAGAAAAAAAGAAAGAGAGUUGCCCUAGUGUCAUGUGGUCGGAUCAGACAAAGCAGGACCGUGACACCGCCUAUGUUCUCCUUGUUCGAUUGUUUUAUUUGUCACUUCGUUUAAUUCAUCAAAUUCUCCAAGGUGUCGGCGUACACUUGAUGGUCUCCAGGGUUAAAGCGUACGUACGGGAGCCAGUGACCUACCCCGGCACCUCCGUGGUAGGGGUUCCAACCCGCCCAAUUGGACACCUUCCAUUAGAAUUACAAGCUUGGCCUCUUGGCACCUCAAAAGUGUCAAUGACUGGGACAACAAUGGCAUCAAAUCCAAAUUCCCGUAUUUUAUGCACAAAACUCGCUGAUUUUGAGAGGGGCAGUGCUGCCGUUGCUAUCAUGGUUCAGGCCGUUCAUGUCUACGAAGUUGCUUCCUUUGAAAAGAAUGUAAGGUUGCUGAGAUCUCUUCCAACUGAGUGGUACACCAAAGCCACAGCCAUGGAAGAAGGAAGAAAUCUGGAGAACUACACUGUCCAAGGUCUUCUUGAUGAGCUCAGAACCUAUGAGCACGAGCUGAAGAAGAAGAAGGAAGAACAAGUCACUCCCUUCCCCACGGAACUAAUGACAACUCCAAGAGUACCAUCAAGUGAAGGGACAUGCCCAAGGAACUGUGACACACCUUCCUCCAGUCAGCCGUCAAGUUCAAAAAUGGAGAACUACGAUGAGGAAUUUGCCAUGAUGGUCAAGCAAUUCCGGAAGUUCAAAAAGUUCUUCAAGAAAGCUGACUCAGUCAGAAGACCAUCCAAGGGAAAGCCACAGGUAAGUGACUCUCCUCCUGAAUCUUAUUUGUGUUACAAUUGCAGGAAGCCUGGCCACUGGAAGUCAGCAUGCCCGCACCCAAAAGUGGAGAAGUACGGAGAAAGAGAAAGGAUCGAGAAGAAAAAGAAGGAAAUGGUUGCUGCUGAAAGUGACGAGUCAUCCAGCUCAAGCUCGGAUGAAAAAGCUCUCAUCUGCAUGGAGCGCAGAGUUGAAAAGUCCAACCAUGAGGAUAGGUGGACUAUAUCAGAAGAUGACAUUCUCUGCCUAAUGGCCAAAGAUGAUGCUGAUCAAGAGGUAACCUCACAAACCUCUUGCUCAUCUUCUUAUGAAAGCAUACCAAUUUCUGAAAACCUUUUUGACCAGUUCAAAAAGAUGAUGAAAGACUUUGAGGAGAUAAAUCUCAAACAUUCUUCUCUAACAGAGGAGAACAAACUAUUUAGUGAAGAGAAUCUCAAGUUGACUGAAGGUCGGAAAAGACAACUGAAUGAGAUCACUCAACUCAAGACUGAAAAUGAAUCUCUCUCUGAAAAGGUGAAAUCCCUUAACAAAGAGCUAGGGAUACUCAAGUCCAAAGAAGCAGUGGAUAAGCUUCUUGAAGCGACCAAACAUAAGGGUCGUGAAGGACUUGGGUUUGACCCCUCUAACUCUAAAAGGAAAGGGAAGACAACUUUCAUCCCUCCUAAACCUACUGCUAAACCAAAUAAGCAGAAAGGGAAGGAAAAGGAAAAACCAAUAGAAGUUCCCAAAAAGGUAGUCCCUCCUAAGAACUGUAGGAAGCUGGACAGACCUCAAAAAGGAAAUAAUUUCAGAAGAAAACCUUCUGACCCCCAUUAUACACGAGGCUAUACCCAUUAUGGAGUAGACAGGAGUUUUCCAAGAAAUUCUGAGUGGAGAACUAUGCCAAGAUAUAGUCAUCCUUCACCCCAGAAGCUAUUUGUGCCACCAAAGUAUGCUUAUAACCGACACAGGACACACUAUGCACAACCUAGACAAAAUUAUAGGUCUUAUCAACCUAGCAAUGAUUUUGGCCUUACCAAAGGGCUAGGAAAUCUGGUGUACAAGGGACUAACCAUCCAAGCUGUAUCUUAUGUUGAAGGUCUCAAUUACAACCUUCUUAGCAUAAGUCAGUUUUGUGAUAAAGGUUACUCCUUGGAAUUCUGCAAGGACAUGGCAUCUCUCAAGAACAUCUCCACAAAUGAAGUCAUUCUCACUGGGAAGAGAAUCAGAAACAUCUAUGAAGUAAUAUGGAGCGAUGUCAAGGAAGCAUGUCUAAUCAGCAAAGGGGAAAACAGAGCUGGUACUAGUGCCACUGCAGAAGAAAGCUCUUCAGAUAACAUCCCACUCAUCCAUAUGACGAAGACUACCAAAAGGAAGAAAGUGGUGUCUCCCUCCAUUGAAGCACCACAGAAUCUUGCUCCAAUAAAUCUUGAAGAAGAGGAAGAAUCCUCUGACCAAGGAGAACUUCAAAGGAAGAAGAAGAGGAAGAUCAACUCCCCCUCAACAUCUGGAAAUAUCAAUCCGGAUGAGUUGAAGGAAAAGGAACCAGAGCAACUGUUGAAUUGGGACCAACAGCUGAAGAAUGAGAAAAUCAUCAAGAAGUGCUUAGGAAUACCAGUCAACCACAACUGUGAACAGAUUUUGGAUGACUACUGGGUAUGGCAAAGGAACCCUGAAGACUUGCAUCUGGAAUACCUGGCCAAUACACCAGUUUUAGACUGUGAAGCAGAUGAUGAAGACACUGCAGUCUUCAAGCCAGUCUUCUCAAAAGCUACAAAAGAUCAAGUGGCUCUCACUUCUGAAGCAACAGCUGAGGAUUUCCAAACAUUUCCGGAAACCUCACCUGCCCUCGAAACGGAAACCUCACCCGCAUUUCAGGAAACUUCACAUGCUUCUGAAAUGGUUCUGACUGAAGUUGUUCAAGAGAAGGCAACCCCUCCCUCCCAAGAACAGAACCAGGAAAUAGUAGAUGAAGAAGAAUUUCAGCCGCUAAUCCAAUCUCAAGUUUUGGAGAUUCUCACCACUCCUUGUGAGAUCUCCAAUUCUACUGAAACUGAGAUCCCGGAAAAGUCAGCUGAAAUUCCUGAACAGUCAGCUCUUCCAGAAACAAUGGAGCAAGCUGUUGAAGCACAAAAGAAUUCUGAAGAAGCUGCAAAAGAAGCUCAAAUGGCAGAACUAGAGGUUUCUGAAACUCAAGUAGCCAUUUUUGAAAAAGAGAAUACAGCUGAAGAAAGGGACUCCCUCUCUAGGGAUAUAUCAAAUUUUGUGCUUGAAACAGAAGGAGAAUCUGAAAGAACACUGAAGGUUACCGAUGAAGAAGAUGUCCAAGAAGAUGCUGAAUCUCUUCCUAUGCAACUCUUCCAAAGAAUACCAUCAUCUCAUCAGGUAACCAACUUUCAUUUCCAUAGCUCUUCCACCCCUGCUCUUCCGGAUGAGAUACCGGAAAUCUGGACAAAGAAGGUCCAAGGGCUGAUUGAAUCAGCCCUAGCAUCUCAACAUGCCUCCUUUAGGCAAGAGAUAGAACAAAUGGAAGUCAGGCACACCCAGCUAAUAGAGAAAUCUGAAGGAAAACACAACGCAGAUCUCAAAGAAAUAAGCAAAUCAGUGCAGAAGACUCUGGAGAUUAUCUCUCUAUUGAGUGAAACUGUAAGCAACACGAUGGAAAUGUAUGCCUCUGACAGUCAGCUUCAUCUCAAAGAGAUCAACAAAGUCAAAGAGCAAAUAGCAAGUGUCACAAUUAGUCUCCAAAAACAGAUGUCCCUUCUCCAAAUGGACAUCAGAUCAGCCCUAGCCGUAGCUUCUGCAAAUCAGGUAGUAACCAAGGACUACUUGAAGGUAAUCAUUGACAAUCAAAAGGAAGCAUUCAAGCUGUUCAGACUUAUUGGUGCAAACUCUGGAAACCGCAAGAUGGAAGUAAUUCUCCAACAACACAGUCCAUCUCCAAUACCACAACUCCCUAUUGCAAUCAAAGAAGGAGAAGUAUCUUAUAUUCCUUCUCAUCUGAACUUGACAAAUCUAAUCCUUGAAGCACAACAAAGAAAUCCGGAAAACUCAGCACAACUUCUAUCCAGCUCAGGACUGGAUGGAACAGAAGUUAUAGGUACAUUUGUUGACCACUUCUCAAAUGAUGCUCAAUCAGAAGAAAGACGUGAAAAUUUAAGACGCAUCAAAGAACUGUGUGGGAACAUGAAGGGCAUCAGUGAAGUUGCCGGAUCUUCAAAGCGCAAGAGAAACUGAAGGUUCUUUAAAUCAAAACAGGGGGAAAGU